UGUUGUCAGUUGACUGUGUACAUUUUUCAUUUUAAUUAUUCAAUAUUCAAUACCUACGUAAAGUAUACUGUAAGGGAGAAGAAAAACAGUUGUUCGUGUAGAAUUGAUAAUAAUUUGCGGACAGCCAAUCGAGAUUUCUUCAGAAAAGGAUAGAAAUCAAUUUGAUUUCCUAUAUAUAACUGAAACGUAAUUAAAUUAUCAUGACUUCACAAGCAUUAGCCUCUUUAACCGCAACGUACACCGAUUCAGAAGGUGAGGAGGACAUGGAAGAUGGACAGCAAACACCAGAAAAAGAUGAACUUAAUAUUGUGCAGUCAGAGACCACCAGUCCGAAAAUCCUAGAGGAAUAUGUAGAAAGUACAUCAGAACCAACAAGCCCUAAACGUAGACUGGUUUCGUAUGUAGAUGAUACUAUAGUAUCAGAUGAAGAGCAGCUCUCCCCACACACAGAGAAUCAAGACGAUAUGCGCAGGCUCUCCAUGGAAACUGACACAGAUGAGGCCACUCAGAGAUCAGAUGCUGAUGACCCAGAGGAUGGGGUCUCAAUACCUCCCGAGCCCCCAGGCAAGUGUCCCAAAGAACUACAGGACAACAUAGCAAAGUUCUAUAAUAGAAUGUUAAAUGAAGGUCUUGAUAUGAAUCAAAUAAUUCAGGACAAGAAGAAUUUUAGAAAUCCAAGUAUUUAUGAAAAGCUCAUACAGUUUUGUGAUAUUAAUGAAUUAGAUACAAAUUAUCCACCGGAAAUCUAUGAUCCCUUAAAAUGGGGCAAGGAAUCUUAUUAUGAUGAACUUGCAAAAGUUCAAAAAGUUGAAAUGGAUAGGCGAGAAAAGGAGAAGAAGGAAAAGCUGUCAAAAAUGGAGUUUAUUUCUGGGAAGAGACCUGAAAGUGAUGAUGAGAAAAAGCGAAAGUCAAAGUGGGAUCAGGCUGCUCCUAAUGUGGGGUCUAAACCUAACAUUAAACAACCCGGACUUUUACAGCAACCUUUGACUACCAAUGUAACAGGAACUAAGGGAACAGUCAUAUCUGCAUUUGGUUCAAUAGCAAAGAAAGCUAAAAUUUAAUAUGACUAACAACUUCUGUUCAAAGUUGUGUAUGUUAUAUGUAUCAAAGAGAUAAUGGUGCACAUACUAUAUAUAGUGUGGAAGCUAUGGUGGUGCAGUAGGGAGAACCACUCUCACCAUGAUGCUUGAUCCUCGCCCAACAUAUACCAAUCGGGUUUUGAAUUCAUGUGUACAUUUAUUUGUUUUUAAAGGUGACACUCAGCAACAGCAAUACUCAUGUGAUUUCACUGAUGUAACAAGAUUGUAUGGGCUAUGGAGAUGACAUACCUUGAGGUGUCUGCUCAUCAGUUAUGAUUUUGUUUCUAUUAUUUUUAUAUUAUAUUAUUUACCCUGUGUUUCAACUCUUGAUGCACUAUUAUAUUAUGUGACAAUUA